AUGUGGCUGGCUCCGGUGUGCUGUGUGACGGUGGGUCUGCUGUUGGUUGGAGGAUUGCAGACGGCCGCGGCCAUUCCACCGAAAUCGGAACCCACGAGUCCCAAGAAGAAAAUGUCGAAAAAAGAACGUGCCCGGCUGGAGGCCGAACAGGCCGAACAUCACCGGAUGGAGCUGGAAAAGGAGCGCCAGCGCAAGGUGGAGGAGGAGAAGAUGCGCAAGGUGCGGGAAAAGGAGGAAGCGGAAAGGAAGCAGGUCCAGGAGAUCGUGGCCAACAAGCUGCGUAAGGUGCAGCUGGAGGAGAGUUACGCGUACCUGGCGAGUAUCCGGGAGGAAGUGCGAAAGAUGCUGGCCGAGGCGAAGAAGGAACGUGAGUGGGAGCAGUACAUGCGCUGUAACGGGCUGCCGAACGCGUACGAUCCGUCUGAUCUGCGGAAGUACCUGCACAUUUGGUGUGAGAAUAUUCGCCAGGUGAACGAAUCGGAACGGAACUGGUUGCUGCAGACGAACGAGCAGAGUAUCCUGACGCAGAACGUCACCGUGGCGAACCUGUCGAUGGAGAGCCUCAAGCAGCAGCAACCUCAGAUCGGCAACAUAUACGCGGAGAAAGCGGAAGAAGUGUUGGGAAUAUUGGAGGAGAUCGACGAAGCGCUGCAUGAUGCUGACGUGCGUCCUUCGAUGGUGGAAGAUUUGAAUGAGUUGAAGGUGGAAUUUCGCCACGUCUUGGCUGAUUACAUCGAUGAGUUUGCGUACAAGAUACUGAGCAACAUCAACCGCGAUAUGGAUUUAAACGGAUUGCUGGAGGUGUCGCACAAGUUCGAGUCACCGGUGUUUAAGGCUCAUUUGUAUGGGUUGCGGGACAUGCCGACACCUCAGUUGAACCCAAAGGAACGGGCAAAGGAGGACAGCAAACACACGAGUAUAGAUUUUCCAACCUUAGGCUUUCACCUGACGCUGCCGGCUGCGGUGAAAUGCCACCGAGCAGCGAUCAGAGGUCUCUGGAUCAGCUACGAUCACUACAGUGACUACUGUCCGAGCUACAAUAUGCCUUAUCGACAGGAGCAAUUAGCAGAUUUACGCAUCAUAAGCCGCAUCGAGUGGAAAAAGCGCAAAGAGAUCCUGAAGGCGGUGUACGAGGAACCGAAAGAGAAAAAAACCGAAUCCGACGAGGACGAACAAACCCCGCAGGACAUUGAUGUGGAUAAAAUCUACACCGAGCAUGCGGACGAGCUGAUGAAGAAGGAGCGUUUGAAAAAGGGGGCAAAAACGCUCAAUUUAGGUGAGCACGACGUGAACACGCGCAGCCAUCGGAUCGUGGCCGGUGUGUACGCGAUCGACUACCUCGAGCAACCGUUGCAGGAUGUGAAAAUUGCGAAAAAGACGCUGCUGCGAACAGUGCCUCAACCGGGAAAACUGAAGCGCAAGAAGUUCUAUCAACCCUACCGAGCGCCUCCAACACCGCAACCUGGUGUGAGGCGCCUACCCGAAGAAAUCGAAGCCGAAAUUAAGCAGAUGGAGGAAAACCUAGACAAACUCGCGCUGGUGACGGUACAACUUCCAGAGAACGUGUUCUGGUUCGAGCCACCCAUCGUGUGCCGUUGGGAGCAGAAGGAAGAAACGCUCGAGUCAGAUCCCGGUUUCGCGAAGUACCUGGACCGGCUCGAGAAGCUGCAACAGGCCGCACGAGAGCGUAAUGCCCGCUCGAAUCUAGACCGUUGCACCAAGUAUGUGGAGGACUUCAACAUACUCGACGUUCCGCAGCACAUUCCGUUGCGCGCGAUUGUGACGGAUUUCGUGGUGCCGAAGAUACCGGACAGUGCCGGUAUUAAGGUGACGGUGGCGGAAGAUAAACGCCGUGCGACGCCCUCUGGUGGUGGAAAACGCAGUUCAAAGCAGAAGCGCCGGUUGCACAAGCUGCCCUCGAGUGUUACGUUGAGCAGCAUUGUGUAUGAGACGAAGAUUCCGGAUUUCCUGUUUGCGACAAGGGUGCCGUUGCGUGUCCUGAAGGUGUUGGAUCGUCGUAACAGGCAGUGUUACCCUUGCACGGUCACCUCAGAUAGCGAUGAUCUUGACGAUUACGACGAGUCAGACAACGAUGUGGUCCAAAAUCGCAACCCCAAGCGCAAGGUGUACAUGUUCUCGGCCUUUAUGAAGGAUUUGGAUGAGUUUUUGGAGUCGAAAUCACCCAAACUGCAGGCUAAGCUGGAGCAGGAGUUGUUGGGUGGUGCGACCCAAGGUGGCCCCGGCAAGCAGUCACUGCAGGUGGCUCGAUCGGAUGAAUCUCGUCCUACUCGAGGUGAAAAGGGUGAUAAGGGCAAAAAGCCAGCCAAGAGUAAGUUCGAUUCCGACGAUGAGGAGGUCGAUUACGGCAACAUCCUGGAGGUCGGCAACUAUAGUAUGGUGGAGAACGAUAGACGUUACAUCGGCAAGUGGUCCACGAGGGAUGUGCAUGAUGUGAAGUUCAACGAGGACAAACUGACGAUCCAGUUCCGCGUUGGGCGGUUAGGAUCCUUCGCAUUCGCGGCCAACCGUUACAGCAAUGUGCCGUACCAAUCUUGGGAGCUGAAGCCGGACAUAAAGAAUCCCGGCACAGUAACGUUCUCCCUGACCGCUUCGGUUGUGAGCACCGAAAUGACGAUCACCGAGGCUGGGUUCCGUGUCAACUCGCUGCAGGGUGGACCAACACAAGCCUUACAGGAGAUCCUCGGUGUCACGAUGUCCUUGCGUAAGCUGAUUAAAACACUCCGCUUAGCGGCAGUUGACCUGUUUCCUGAGGAUGACGCGUUUAACUACACCGAGGGUACCUGCGAGAAGAAUCCCAUCAUGGAGUCGCACCUGUACGACUGCAUGGGGUUGCUCGCGCUGACGCACAACUUCUCCUGGUCACGUUGGAACCUUCUGUCAGGUUGUCGAAUGUGUGUGCUAUUACUACGCGAAAUCAUCGAACAUCGACGGCUUCCCAACCACUCGACGUUGCUCGUGACGCCACUGAAGGCCAGCGUGAUCGAUACGGUGGAGGUGUCACCGGUGUUCAACCCAAACCCGGUUGAGGGAAUGAAUCAUUACGCCGACCUGUACCACCUGGGGCGAGAUCAAUCACAGCCCUCUUCGAGGAUCAAACAGGAGAAAAUGAGCCCCAUAUUGCGGGAAAAUGUAACCCAACUGCUCAAAUCCGUACGGCCACUCAGCUUCGCUUAG